GAUUUGGUGGACGGUCCACAUAAGCUCCACUUGGCUUCGUCAACGCAUGCAAUGCUUGCAGAGAAGCGCCUCAGACCACCAAAAAGUAUUGAUUGGAGACGUACAAUUGCCUUCCCGCAAAGGGUUGCAACUCAAGGUACUUUACCAGAACCACAAGUCGCUGUCACUUAUAACGAUGGCAUCGACGGCAGAGCCAGCGAUGCGGGCGGCGCUUGCCACAUUGUGCCGCCCAUGUUCGAGGUACAUGACGGCACAAUUGGCACAUCGGACUGCUUCAAGACGCCUCUGUACAGCUCCCUCAAAAACCCCGAGAGCAGGGGUCAGCUCUUCCACGCAGCACAAAUCGUCCUCGGCACCACUUGUCUGCCAGCAUGAAGCCGCAAGAAGCUCUUCACCUGCCGGGCCCGUCAGGAAGAGCUAUGCGAAGUACUCUUCGUCCGCCGCAGCCGCAGCCGCCCCGUCCAAGCCCGAGACCAAGCUCAGCCAAGAUGAUCUCUUUCAUCCAAUGUCCGAGUCCCCGAUCCCUAGCAUGCGCCAAAGGGCCGCCUACAUCCGUCAGCACGCAUACUGCCCUCACCCAGACCACCGCAUGUCCCGCGUUACCCCCGACGGCGAGGUGCAGCCUCCCGCAGAGAACGCAACCCAGUCCCCGGCCCAUGUCGACUUCGAGUGUCCGGACUGUGGCGUCCCGGUGUACUGCAGCAAGGAGCAUUGGAUGGAUCACUAUGAAGAGCACCUGGAGAUUUGCGACGUCUUGAAACAGAUCAACGAGGAUGACCACGAUCUACGAUCUGGCCGUUUCUUCCCCGAGUUUCAAUAUGCUGGCCCACAGCUGGAGGAGGCCAUGGUCAACAUGGAGAGUUGGGAUACGUUCUUGUACACCAGGGCUUUCAACGCUAUCAACAGUGAUAGGGGCAUGCGUCAGGCCACACGCCUUCUCACCUAUCCCGUCACCAUUGGCAGUGUGCUGCACGAGCUGAGCCCGUAUAACAUCCGCAAAGGUGGCCGUUUGACCACGGAAGGAUUGAAGAGUUUUAGUGCUCUGCGUUACACUCUUCACCCACCCAGAUCUGGUGGUGAUGGCUCCGUCAAGGGCCUGCGACCCGAGGCGCCACCAGCAAGAAUAUUCGUGUUGGGCGCCCGUGCCGAGUCCUCGCUUCCCCGUGACGUUUGGGUCCAGCUUGCACAUCUUUUCCCACGCCAGAGGCUUCAUCUCAUCAUGAUUGGGCCGGAGAGCAUGCUUAACCGCGACGACGAGUUUCCACUCCCGCCCCGCACCCCCAGCAACCCAUAUGGCGCCGUUGUCGAGGACCGUGUCUGGCCGACCAUGAAGAUUAGCACAAUUGUCGACUACUAUCACAACAUCCACAGGACUGGUCACUUUGCCCCCUACGACCCGUACUUUGACUGUUUUGUCCUCUUCCACCCUGGUCUCGGCCACCCGGCAAGCGCGCACGAGUGGUCAGAAACCGUGCCCAUGUUGUUGGAGACAAAGGCCCCCAUCAUCGUGACGGGCUACACGCAGUUCGACAUGGAGCGCGACAUUGCCUGGGUCAACAAGACUGCAGCAGGCGAGUUCGACAUCCUGCUCGAGCCAGGCGAGAACAAGUUCCGCAGCUUGAGGUGGGAUCUCAACGACCUCGAUCCCCAGGAUGUCAGCUCUGGCAACUGGGGUGUGUGGGCCAUGCGUGGCAAGAGAUACGAGACUACCACCAAGGGGACGGAGGCGCAAUGAGGCAACAACGGCUGUGUCAGACUGUACUAAACUUGUGAAAAACACCCUUGAGCGACUUGGCAUUGUAUUGUAUUCUUGCUGUAUAUAAAUAUGCCUGCCUCUUUGGUGGUUACCUACUACUCAUAUGUACUUGUAUAUCCUGUACGAUCUCACAAAGAUACUCUACUAAGAAUACUAAGGAACAGAAGCUGUGACUCUGGGGAUCAAUCUUGAUCGGCUUGCCAGUGGGGUCCAGCAUCUAGAACUAUCUAGAUUGUGUUUAGAUGUCACUCCUGACUAUACUCUUUGUGUCUGUAUGAAAUUCACUUGUCUACAACUUCAUGGAUAGUCGCGCAGUUAUUUUAACAUGCUAUAGUGAUGUCUCGC